GCUGGGAGGUGAUCGAUCCGAUCGGCGCUUUCCCGCCGCUCUCCGACAUCGAUGCGCUCGGCUCUCCGGGCGCAUGCGCACUGCGCGCCGGCGCCGCCAUUGUGGUUCUGUCAGAAAGGUGCUGGGCGCCGGUGGAGAGGAGAUGGAGUUCCAGGCCGUGGUGAUGGCGGCCGGAGGCGGCUCCCGCAUGACGGACCUGACCUCCAGCAUCCCGAAACCGCUGCUGCCGGUGGGCAACCGCCCCCUGCUCUGGUACCCGCUGAACCUUCUGGAGCGCGCCGGCUUCGAAGAGGUCAUUGUGAUUACAAGGAAGGAAAUCCAGAAAAUGCUAAACUUGGACACAAAAAUGAAGCUGGAUUUUGUGUACAUCAGCGACAACGUGGACAUGGGUACAGCAGAUUCGCUGAGGCAUAUUCACCAGAAAAUAAAGCUAGACUCCAGCCAGUGAUUAAACUGUGGCGUUCCAGCAGAGUGACAGCAAUGGAACAAUUUCACAUUUUCCUUCCUUGAUGAGCUCUUGGUUGUGUUAAUGGAAGCCCUGACUAACACGCUGUGAGCUAAUCAGCAUGUCUUCUACUACUAUCACUGGUGAGUGCUUGCAUGUGAAAUGUUUCAUCUCAGGUGGUCCACCUGGUUUUCCUAGUUUCAAAAAGUAAGAUUUGAAAGUAACACAGCUCUUAAAAAACAAAGCAAAUUCUAUAAAGCUACCAAGGUGAAGAAGGCAAAAACCAACUUUCUUUGAACAAAUAAAGAUCGAAACUCCA